UACGCCGUAACGACUCAUAGCAGAUCUCCACAAACCAAUGGGCAGCAGCAGCCUUGUCGCAGUUUGACUCAACUCAUUUCGUAAGCAGCCUCGCUAAAGAAGGAAGAGCAGCCAUGGCGCAGGGGCUCAAAGACAGAUUUAAUAAGUUCCUCCAUGAAAAGAAUCUCAUGACAGAUGGGCUGGCAAAAGUCGAGGCGAGAACCGGAGUAAGCAGGACGUACAUCGCUCUGGCUGUCAUCGUCAUCAUCGCAGUGUACCUGGUCAUCGGUUACGGAGCCUCCCUGCUGUGUAACCUCAUCGGCUUCCUUUACCCAGCAUACAUAUCGAUUAAGGCCAUUGAGAGUGCCACCAAAGACGAUGAUACCAAAUGGCUGACAUACUGGGUGGUGUACGGACUCUUCAGUGUGGCAGAGUUUUUCGCUGAUAUCUUCCUUUCCUGGUUCCCAUUCUACUACAUGGGAAAGGGCGCUUUCUUGGUGUGGUGCAUGGCUCCGACUUCCGCCAACGGAUCAGUCAUGAUUUAUAACCGGAUCGUUCGACCAUUUUUCCUCAAGAACGAAGCCAAGAUUGACGACGUGGUGAAGAACCUGAAGGACAAGGCGUCAGAAGCUGCUGACAAGUUCAAAGAUGAGGCCAAGAGAGCCACAGCAAACAUCAUCUUUGAGGAGAAGAAGAGCUCCUAAGACGGCGGCUUCUGGAGCCAACUCUGGUGCAGAGAGAAAUGUUGCCUUGAAAAUGUUUGUUUUUUAGAGAUCUUGUUCAGUAUGCAAUCUUAAUCUUCAUCCAACCUGUAUUAGAUGUUAUACGUGUCACGUGGAGCAAUUGAAGCCAUUUCCCAGCUCAAUUUACUUAUUUAACUUUGCCUUGUUGGAUGGCUUUCAGGUAACGGUCUGCUCGCCCUGACGCGCUUUAGGAACCAAAUAAAAACCAACUCAAGUGGUUCUUUGAUUC